AUGGCCGGCCCACAAAUCCACAAUAGCUUAGAAAAUCUCGGGCCAGGUCAACAGAAGGCCCCGGCUUCCCUCGAUGCGAUUCCCUUACGCACACUGCCGGAGCCCAUAGCAGUGGUGGGGAUGGGCUGCCGAUUACCGGGAGGUGUUUCAACGCCGUCAGAUCUUUGGGACCUCCUCGAGGAGGGGCGCUCUGGAUAUCGCGAUUUCGGAUUAGAUAAACUAAAUCUAGAUGGCUACUAUCAUCCAAACCCUCAGCGGCCAGGCAGUGUCCCUUCUCGAGGAGCUCACUUACUGGAUGAAGACCCUAGACUAUUCGAUCAUGUAUUCUUUGGGAUAAGCCCUGCGGAGGUCCUAACUAUGGAUCCCGCCCAUCGUAAAAUGCUUGAGGUUGCCUACGAGGCCUUUGAGGGUGCUGGUGAACCCUGGGAUAAAUUUUCUGGAUCUCGGACAGGAGUGUUCGUUGGAAAUUUCAAUGGCGAUCAUCAUCUGCAAGAGAUGUACGAUAUCGACUUCGCCCCUCCAUAUUCCUCGACCGGAGCAAGUUCUAGUAUAUUAAGUAAUCGGAUUAACUAUGUCUUUAACUUGCGAGGUCCAAGUCUGACCGUUGACACGGCCUGCUCUUCGUCCAUGUACGCUCUUCACUUGGCUGUCAAUGCACUCAGGAACGGCGAUUGUGACGCCGCAAUCGUUGGUGGAAGCAAUUUGAUCAUGUCGCCAGAGAUGCAACGGCUCAUGACUACGUUUGGCGCCUUAUCACCAACUUCUGCUUGCCACACAUUCGACGCGUCUGCGGAUGGAUAUGCCAGGGGCGAAGGGUUUGUCGCAUUGUACCUGAAGAGGUACGCUGACGCUGUUGAGGGGGCAUAUCCUCUUCGGGCUCUUAUUCGUGCCACAGGGAUAAAUUCUAAUGGACGGACUGCUGGUAUCUCACACCCAAGCGUUGAAGGUCAAGAAGCGCUCAUUCGCCAUACCUACGAUAGCGCCUCGUUACCCACUCGGUUUACGGGUUAUUUCGAGUGUCACGGUACUGGCACACCCGUUGGUGAUCCGAUAGAAGUGGCCGCAAUCGGGAAGGUUUUUGGAAAGGAUCGCCCUGAUACGUCACUCCUCAUUGGUUCGAUUAAAACAAAUCUUGGGCAUUCUGAAGCGGCUAGUGGUGUGUCAGGAGUGAUUAAGGCAAUCCUGGCGUUAGAGAAGGGGGUGAUUCCGCCGACAAUAGGUGUCCGUAACUUGAAUCCGAACAUCAACUUUUGUGAAGCUCGCGUCCAGGUCGUGACCAAUACAAUGCCAUGGCCUCAAGGGCUACUCAAGAGGGUCAGCGUCAACUCAUUCGGUUAUGGUGGUGCAAAUGCCCACUGCAUCAUGGACCAUCCGGAUGUUAUGCAUGAUCUGACACAUACACGGGAAUCCUAUUCGGAGGAAAAUCCCAUCGAUUACUCUCGUCACCAAGCAAACCGAGACACCAAAGGCCAUCCCGUAGAGCGCAAUGGCUCUGCUAACGGGGUUCAUCCUAACCUAGCGACAACCCGGCGAUUGGUGAUUCUUCCAUUCUCCGCUCAUGAUCGCCGGGCUCUGGAUGCAAAUGUAUCGACGCUUCAAGGGUGUAUUUCCCGAUUGCCCCUUGCAGAUGUUGCAUAUACCCUCUCAAAAAGGAGGUCGAAAUUUCUCGUCAAGUCCACAUGCAUAGUAUCGUCAGUAUCACCCGCAAGUGGUCUUGCAGUUUCAGAAAAUGUGUCUAUCCUUGCCGCAAGCGCUCAAUUCCCCAGAAUUGGCUUCGUAUUCACUGGUCAAGGCGCACAAUACCAAGACAUGGGCCGAGAGCUUUUUGACUACAGAGUUUUCAAGACUUCAAUCCAGCAACAAGACUUGAUAUUAAAAUCAUUGACAUUAGCCCCGAUUUGGAGCCUUGAAGAUAUUCUCAGCGGGUCUUCGGAUACUUCAGUCCAGGAUCCUGAGAUCUCCCAAACCGUUUGUACGGCGUUGCAGAUUGCGCUUUUUGACUUGCUUGAAUCCUGGAGCAUCAAUCCGCACGUAGCUAUUGGCCACUCAUCUGGAGAGAUCGCGGCCGCAUAUGCGGCGGGAUUUCUUACGCUUCCCGAAGCUAUUGUCACGGCAUACUGCCGCGGAAAGGCAAUAACUAAGAAUACCCGGGAGGGCAAGAUGUUAGCAGUUGGCCUGUCGGAGGAGGCUGCAUUGUCCUUCAUAAAGGAAAAACUGGAAGGCGCCGUCAAAAUUGCAGCCAUCAAUUCCCCAGGAAGUGUAACCCUGUCAGGAGAUGCCGAAUCGGUUACCGAUCUGCAUCAAAAACUCUUAGCCGAUGGGGUGUUUUCCCGCCUUCUCCAUACUGGCGGGAAUGCUUAUCACUCUCAUCACAUGGCCCCCGUUGGUGAGGAAUAUGAAAACCUUCUCGAUCGCACGCUCCGAGAAAUUUCAGGCCACAGGCUUACCAAAACUGCCGAGCGGAGCUCUAGAUGCAGCUGGAUCUCAUCUGUAACACCAUCUAAGAAAUUGGACCACCAAUGUGUUACUGUAACCCCAGCUUAUUGGCACCAGAAUCUAGUAUCCCCAGUCCAGUUCUCGAAGGCCGUCGGAGAGAUAAUUUCGAACCAAAACACCCGGGUGGAUAUACUGGUUGAACUUGGGCCCCACUCAACUCUUCAAUCGCCCGUGAAACAAAUAUUUGCAGCCGCCGGGCUCCAGAAUGGCUUAAAGACGCCAGUAUACUUACCAACGUUGAAGAGACAUGAAGACGCUUUGCGGAAUCUCCUCGAUCUCUGCGGGUCACUGUUCUGCUUAAAUUAUCCGGUUGAUCUCGUGGCCGUCAAUGCAGUUGAUGUUUUAGAAAAUGGCCUUGUGAAGUAUUCUCAUGGCUCCGUGUGCACCGGUAUGCCGACAUAUCGGUACAAUUAUGGGCCUCCGAUAUGCCACGAGACACGUAUUGGGCGGGAAAUCAAGCAGCGACCGUAUCUUCGGCAUGACAUACUGGGUGUCAUGCAGCCCGGUUGCGCGAAAACUCGCCCGACAUGGAGAAACGUUCUGCGUAUCAAGGAUGUUCCGUGGGUUGGCGAGCACAAGUUACACCCGAACGCGGUUUUUCCGGGCUCAGGAUACCCAUGCCUCGCAAUAGAGGCUGCCGCACAAUUUCUUAGCCAAUCCAGAAGCCUUCCAAGUGACCCAUGCUUCAAAUUGCGAAAUAUCUUUAUCAAAUCACCAAUGCGGGUGGUAGAUGACGAAAACGGUUUGGAAGUCAUGUUGGCUUUGGGACCAUAUCCUGGACUUCCUAAUUGGCUCGAAUUUCAAGUGUUCUCUGUAAAUGCGGAUGGAAUUUGGACAGAACAUGCUGCCGGCAUGAUAUCAGUUAUUUCAUCAUCUGGCCAAGCUAUGCGGGCACUGGAAAGUCGAACAAACAUGCGCCACAUCGAUACCCAAGACUGGUAUACAAAGUUCACAGAAUUUGGCCUUGAUUACGGACAGUCCUUCCAAGGACUCUCAGACCUUCAAUCCGACGCGCGCGGGAACUUUGCACAGGCUAAAGUGGAUCUGGGCACGGUUCGUAGAGCCUUCUCUGGACCUGAAUCAUCCUAUACGAUGCAUCCUGUCACUCUGGAUAUAUGCUUUCAGCUUGGAUGCAUUGCGUCUUACAGUGGUCAUAGUAAACUAGUCAAUCAUGUCUACGUUCCUGUCUACAUUGAGGAAAUGACCGUUUGGCCUUCUAAAGCCUCUGAGGCAUGGGGUCAUGCCUCUGCGACUGGGUAUCGUAAGGGUCUGAGAGGUGGGCUCGUAUCAAUUCAACUCAGAACCCAGUCCGGAGAUCCAAAGGUAGAGGUCAACAAUAUGAAAUGUGUGGCCUACAAUGGGGGCGACGCAGCAAAACAACUUCUGGAGGAAAAUGAGUACACACGGUUAGUCUGGAAACCCGACCUUGCAGCGCUCUCGAAUAAGCAAGCAAGAACACUUUUUGGUCCCACAACUUCCCUAGAAUACCUAAAGACAACUUUUGAAGAUAUCGACAAGACCACGAUGUACAUGAUCGUCCACAUUGCCGAGCAGUGUGGGUCACUGAACCCUACCGAUACCAACCUCAAGCACUUCCUUAACUGGAUAAAUCAUUCUGCUACCACUGCUCUACCAUACGCCGAGGAAUCCCGCCUUAUGUGCAGCAAUACCCGCCUAGCCGCUAUCAAUGAGCUUUGUUUGCCCUUGGAAAAUAUAAUCGACAUCAAACAUGUGAAGCGAAUCUUCGACAAAAUCUCAGAUAUCCUAACGGGGAAGACGACGGCAAUGGAAAUUGCACUCCAGGAUAAUCUAUUGAAGGAACUUUAUACCUCUAGCUUCGGUAUCGUGGGUGCUUACACUCAGCUGGAGCGUAUCUUGGAUCUCGCGGCCCACGCCGAUCCAAGUAUGAAAAUACUCGAGAUUGGCGCUGGCACUGGGGGGGCAACUCGCAUUGCUCUGCGGAGUCUAGGGGCUGAUAUGAGCACGAAGCGAUAUCACACGUACACCUUCACUGAUGUAUCCAGUGGCUUCUUUGAGUCUGCUCAAGCGGAGUUUUCGAGGUUUAGCGACAUUUUCUACAAGGCACUAGACAUCUCUAAGAACCCCGAGGAGCAGGGAUUUGAGAGAGAUUUUGAUCUGAUUAUUGCAUCUCAGUGCAUUCACGCAACUCCAGACGUAGCGCUGACCCUGCGUCACGUCAGGAGAUUAUUGAAACCUGGCGGGAGACUGAUUCUCAUAGAGACAACGCGCCCGACCCUAGGUCACGGGUUGGCCUUUGGGACAUUCCCCAAUUUUUGGACGGAAGAGCGGUUACCAUUUAUCAGUACCGAAAUCUGGCAGAAAAGGUUGAAAGAUUCGGGGUUUACCGGUAUCGACAUUGAACUCGACGAUUAUGAUCCGCCACAUCACAUCGCAUCCACAAUCGUCACAACAGCCGCACCAUCUCAAAAUGGUGCACCAUCCACACGGGCCCAUGACGCCGUGUAUGUCGUCUGCCGCCAAGAGCCUGGUCUAUUCCAAGAAGCUCUGUCAAGAGAGCUGCAGUAUCAGAACAUUAUCCCCAACCUAAUUACGCUGGGGGAUGCACAGAUCCCUAAAAAUAGUCGCAUAAUUGUUGCUACAGAUCUAGAUUCAUAUACUCUAGCCGACAGCUCGGAGUCCGAAUUCCAUGCGAUUAAGGAGGUGGUCCAAUCUGCAUCAUCGCUACUCUGGCUAACCGCGGGUGGCUUGUUGAAGGGUCAGGGACCGGAGGCCGCAGUCGCUACAGGACUCAUACGAAUGCUUAAUACUGAGCAUCCGGAAUCUCGAUUUGGUAUUUUCCAUGUUGAAAAAGGGAUUGAUUGUGAGGAAGCCGCCCGAGCUAUCACUACGCAGGAAGCGAAACUCUACUCUGGCGAUCCCGAAAGAGAAUUUGCAAUUCAUGAUGGUAUCGUUCACAUAUCACGGCUAACAUUGGAUAACGACCUCAACUCACGCUUUCGAGCCAUGUAUACGAUGCCUCUAGAUCCAAUUGAUAAGCCCAUUCAUCAGAAAUAUCCCGUUAUUGCAGAUUUCACUGCGCCUGGUCUUCUCAGCUCCCUAUACUUCAAGCGCGAUGAUUCUUUUAACAGUCCUCUGCCUGACGAUUACAUUGAAUUAGAGACGCGCGCGACUGGCCUCAACUGGAAAAAUCUAGGAGUUGCCACGGGAAAGGUUGACAUGGAUGACUUGAGCUUCGAAAGCGCUGGCAUCGUCGCAAGGUGUGGCAAGUUGGUCAAAGGCCUGAGCCCUGGCGACCGUGUUUACGGUUUCGCCUGGGGCAAAUUCGGCACAGUGACAAGGGUUCCAUCGUGCAUGCUUCAAUUGGCGGUUCCUAGUCUAACUAUGGCCGAGCUAGCCACCAUCCCUGUGGUCUUCUGUACUGCGACUUAUGCCCUCAACCAUCUGGCACGGUUACAUGCGAAUGAACGGCUUCUGAUCCAGUCAGCCAGUGGAGGCGUAGGUCUUGCCGCAAUCCAACUCGCCCAGCAUAUUCACGCGGACAUAUAUGUCACUGUUGGCUCAGACGAAAAAGCACGAUAUCUCACCGAAAACUUUCAAAUUCCCGAGAACCGGAUAUUCUCAUCCCGAGAAGAAGGAGAUCUUUCCAAGUUGAUGUCUGCUACAGGGGGCAGUGGGUUCGAUGUCAUUCUGAGCUUGUCAAGUGGCAACAUGAUGCACGAAUCAUGGCGUUGUAUCGCUCCCCGGGGUCGCUUCAUAGACGUGGGUCGACUCGACGUCAUGAAUUCUGGUAUGAUGGCCAUGGAGGUAUUCGCUCGCAAUGCUACGUUCUGUUCGUUUGAUAUUUAUACUAUGUAUAUUCAAGACCGGAACUUCUGCGCACAAUUGAUGCAAGAAGUCGACGGUAUGCUUCGAAUGGGCAUCAUCCACCCAAUUACGCCUCUUAAAACGUUUGAUGUCUCGGAGCUAGAGAAAGCGUUGCUCUACUUCUCGAGAGGCAAGCACAUUGGAAAGAUCAUUGUUACAUAUGAGGAGCCGAAGUCGCUGGUAAAGAUGCGCCCUGUUACACCAAAAGCUCAGUUUGAUCCGGAUGCAGAAUAUUUGAUUUUCGGUGGGCUUGGAGCAAUUGGACGGUGUAUCCUCCAAUGGAUGGCUGACCGUGGCGCAAGAUCCUUUGUGGUCGGCUCACGUUCCGGAGCCCCUAGCUCGGAAGAUCAAUCCUUCAUCCAAGGCCUGCCAGCCGAGAAGGCCCGCAUACGCUUCACUCGAUGUGACGUUACUGUGAAGAGUGAAAUUAACGCUAUCAUUACAACAGCACCGGCACAGCGGCCAAUCAGAGGAAUCAUCCACGCGGCUGUUUCUUUCAAUGACGUACAUUUCGAAAGCCUUUCUUAUGACCAAUGGAGACUCGGACUAUCUGCGAAGGUCACUGGUACAAUUAACCUCCAUGAGGCUUCUCUGGAGCACGACUUGCCCUUGGACUUUUUCAUUAUGACCAGUUCCUUCCAGGCAGUGUUGGCACUCCCCGCUGGGACGGCAUAUUGCGCAGCAAAUUGCUUCCAGGACGCAUUUUCUCGCUACCGGCGAUCGCUUGGUCUUCCCGCAUGCGCCAUUGGCCUUGGCCCCAUAACUGAGAUUGGUGGGAUGGGUACUGUCGCCUCCGCGAAUAAUGCAUUCCGCCGAAAUGGUCUGUAUAGCACCGGCGAGGUUGGUCUUCUCAGGUUGAUGGAAGGCGCAUUCUUGGAACCACCAAAAUGCGUCGAGAGCUGGUAUACUUACGAUCCCCUGGCUGAAGCCCAGAUCACAACAUGUUUUGAUCCUAUGAAGCUCGCCAAAAAUCUACAGCCAUCUGACGAGGAAACGGCACUAGCCCCAAUGUGGCGCAAGGACAGAAAGUUUGUGCACAUUGUCCGAGCGAUGCUAGAUCAGGAGUCCGUGAAGGCCCCACCUCAACGUAGUGAAGUGGGCUCUAUAUCAGAUAUCGUGUCAGUUGUCGACGGCGCACUCAAAGACGGGAAAAUAACGGAUGCUAUAUCGAUUGUCGCUGAGGCUAUUAUGCAGCGAAUUGCAACCAUUCUCAUGGUCCCGUCUGAGAGUAUUGAUACAUCUAAAUCAGUUGCUGAAUAUGGGAUUGAUAGCAUAAUUGCCGUAGAGCUUCGAUCCUGGAUUAUAUCAACGCUGGGCUCUAGCGUCCCGUUGUUAAAGAUUUUAGAUGAGAGUGUAACUAUGACUGACCUAGGGGAAUGGAUUGUACAGAAUCGGAUCAUAAAAUUGGACGGCUAA